AUGUCCAGCGACUCUGUCCACUCCUCCAAAGAAAUGACCUCCCUCGAAGACCACCACAUUCCAGUUGGUAAAGUCCAGCACUCGGGUGCCGGCGAUGAGUUUGUCACCUUGGGCAACAAGAGAUACUACAAGCAUGAGUUGAUGGCUGCUUUCGGUGGUACUUUGAACCCCGGUUUGUCUGUCUACCCUACUCACCUGUUCGCUAACCCAUCUCCAUUGGGUUUGUGUGGUUUCGCCUUGACGACCUUUGUGUUGUCGAUGUACAAUGCUCAGGCCAUGGGUAUUCACACCAACGCAGUGGUCCUUGGUUUGGCCUGCUUCUACGGAGGCUUUGCCCAGUUUGCUGCCGGAAUUUGGGAAGGCUUGGUGGGUAACACGUUUGCCUUGUGUGCAUUGACUUCUUACGGUAGUUUCUGGCUCGCUUUUGCUGCUAUUAACCUUAAGGCUUUCGGCAUCGCGGAGUCUUAUGAAGGCACCGAGCAGAUGUCUGAUGCCGUAGCAUUCUUCUUGUUGGGAUGGGCCAUUUUCACCUUCAUGUUGACUUUGUGCACGUUGAAGUCUACCGUGGCUUUCUGCUCGUUGUUCUCUAUGUUGACCUUGACUUUCAUCUUGCUUUGUGCUGCUGACUUUACUGGCAAGGUUGGGUUGUCCAGAGCUGGUGGUGUUACUGGUGUGAUUACCGCCUUCAUUGCGUUCUACAAUGCCUUUGCAGGUACCGCCACCCUGACCAACUCUUAUAUCACCGCCCGUGCCAUUGCCCUUCCAUCGUAA